AUGGGAGCUUGCUAUUCUGAAAAUCCAAAUAAAUUUUAUGAAGACAUUUCCUCCUCUGCUGAAAACCUCAAACUGCAGAAAGCUAUACGAGAGAAAAAAAUAGAAAGAAUAAAGCUAUCUGAACUAAAUAAACUUCUUAAUUCCUACAUUGACGAAGAACAGAAAAGAUUUUCUGAAUUUAUCAGCUUUCUGACCAAUGUGGUAGGUGCUCCAUCAAGCCUAAUUGAAGAAAUACAAGACUCAAAUACAGUCUCUACAUGAAUAAAAAACACCCAAAACGAUUUAUUAUCAAAUUGCUCAGAAAAAACCCAAGAAUAUUUUUCGACCAUAGAUUAUUUAGCAAGAGUAAAAGAAUCUGUUGACAGCCUAGAAAACCAUAUGAAUUUGUUUCUCGAACAAGAAAUUAAAAAUUUACGGGCAAGAUAUAAUGAUAGGGAAAUUAAAAGAGAAACAAAAUCCCUAAAACAAAGGAUAAGACAAAAAAUUGAAGAAAACUCACCAAAUGAUUUAUUAUUAAAGAUACAAUUUUUGGUCAACAAGUUUGAAAUUUCGAAAGAUGUUAAUACAAUUAAAGGAGCAAUUCAAGAGCGGAUUGAAAAUCAUUAUAAAAGGGAAAAUGUCGAAUUGAUAGAAAAUAUCAAGUGUCUUGAUUUUAUGAAAUUGGACUUGGAGGGGAAAAACAAUGAGUUAGAAAAAGAAAUGGCAAAACUUAAAAAUAAUAUUGCUGCUCAGCAGAUAGAAUUAACAAGCUUAAAGGAGAAUUUAUCAGCAAAAGAUAAGCUAAAACUAAGCCUUGAAUCAAAAAAUAAUGAAUUAGAAAAAGAAAUUGAAGAGCUUAAAGCUAGCAUCACAAAUCAAAAAAAGGAAAUAUCUAGCUUAAACGAAGGCUUGUCAUUAAAAAAUGACUUUGAAUGAAAAAACAAAGAAUUAGAAAAAGAAGUAGACAAGCUUAAAAAUAGUAUUGCAAACCAACAAAUUCAAAUCUCUGAAUUAAAUGAAAAUUUAUUAUUGAAAGAUAACAUUAAAUUGGAACUUGAAGAAAAAAAUAGAAAAUUAGAAUCAGACACGAAAGAGCUUAAGGGUGCUCUUGCAAAUCAGCAAAUCCAAAUAUCAAGUUUAAAUGAAGACUUAAUUAUAAAAGAUACUGAAGCGAGCGUUUAUAAGAACCAAGCCACGGUGUUAGAUGAAGAACUAAAUAACUUGAAAACCAGCUUGACCUUGAUGAAAAUCGAAAAUAAAGAUUUAAACAAAGAAAUUGCAGGACUCAAGCAAACUUUAAACCAAGCAUCAGCUGAAAUAAGAGAAUUCCAAGAGAGAAACAAUUUAAUUUAA